CAGACGCCCCGCUCUCUCCCCUAUUCUACACUUUCUUCGAGUGUAUUUUACCCUAUCGUUUCCCCGUUCGGUUUUCAGCUUCCGCCAACAAUUCAGCGUUUCUACGUUUCUACACGCACCCGCGUACCCCGACAGAUUGAAGCCGAGCACUUUGCAACACGCUAUCGAGAUUGCAUGAGUUCUACAAACUCAAGCGGCCUGUUCUCACGGGGCAAUAAAAUUAUUACAAGCACCGAUGAAUCCUGAUUGCAUAGCGCCGGCAAGCGCGGCUUAACUUAUUCACACGGCGCAACGUUCGAUGAAAUCGACAAAUGAACGAGUAGCAGAAGUUCGCGUCGAUGGCGGUGGGGUCCAUUACCAUUUCACGAGGGGAUGUUGAUUCCGAGAAGUUACGUUCUCGUUACCGGAAGUAGACGCGUAAUCUCGGCUUAACAGUCCGAUCCGCGAGGAUUGCAUGGACAUCGGCGAAAAGACUGCCGGGCGACACUGUCCAUCGUUUUCCCAGUUCGUUCGGCAUGGGAUUCCGCGUGACACCGAGAAUUGCGAUCGCUUUCACGAAAGCCAGCGUCGCUCUGACGUGCGCCUGGCCACCGUCGCUGAGUGCGACGAAAGCUGAACUUUUGUUCUUCAAGGUGCUGUGGUGUGCCGCGUUCACCAGCUCGAUCGGACUACUUUUGCCGUUGUUCAACGCGAUUUGUGAGUACUACAACGAGCCUAUCAUUCUCGGGAAGAAUGUGAGCCUCUUUGCGGCUGUGGCGCAAGUGACCAUUAAAAUGGUAGUGUGUCGGUUGAUGCAACAGCGGUUUCGGGUAAGUCACUCGGGCAGCGAUGCGUUGGAACAGAUAUGGCCAUCUCUGUGUCAAACUGUCGACAAAGAAACAGAUUCGGAGAGAACGCGUUUUCAGAGAUUGUUCUUCGAUCUGGAGACAUUCUGCAGACACGCGACGGAGGAAGAAAACGUUGUUCUCCAGCGUCACGUGGACCGAUAUAAGUAUAGUCACGGAAUUUACACGGCGUGCUGCUUUCUCACAUCUAUUUUCGUGAUAUGCGGCCCGUUGUACUCGCCCCAGGAUUUCCCCACGCACGCAAAGUACCCUUUUCCAGUGGAACACCAGCCCGUCAGAGGUAUUAUUUUUCUCCAUCAAGCGCUAGUCGGCUUCCAGGCUUCCGCCGGAAUGGCGAUCGAUGCUCAGAUUGCACUUUUACUGCGGUUCGCAACGGCCAGGUUCGAGAUCCUGGGAACACAAUUGGACAGAGCGAGGUCUGAAAGCGAAUUCAAUGCCUGCAUAGAGAAACAUACGAGACUUCUGAGCUGUUUAUUAUUUAUAAUAAUUCUUUUUACUAGCAGGAUUCCCUCGACUGUUCUAUCGUCGAACGUUUUAUUUACGUCGAUUUCGUUGUAUAAUAAUAUAAAUAAUAUUUACGUUCGAUUUUCACGCCGAACAAAUUUCAGGUACACAAAGAGUAUAUAUACGGCUGUGAAGUUCAUAGUCUUAGCCACUGCGAUAACGACAAAUCUCGCAGUAAUUUUCGGCAGCCUAAACCUAAUUACCAGACAGCCGUUAACCUUGAAAAUUUUAUACGCCCUCGUCGUGGUCAGCGCCAGCGGAGAACUCUUCGUGUAUUCCUGGUCGGCCGACAGUUUGGUACAACAGACUACAUAUACCGGCACGAAAGCUUACGAUACAGAUUGGUUCCAACUUGAUGCCAAAUUACAAAAGAAGGUCUACUUCAUGAUAUUCAGGUCACAGAAAUGUGAAGCAAUUCAAAUAAGCGGUUUACUACCACAAAUUUCAUUGUCCUAUUAUGCAAAGUUUCUGUCCACAGCAUUUUCUUAUUUCACCACGUUACGUAUAAUAGUUGAAAAAUCCAGCAUCAGUUGA